UACUCACCCGUAACAACACCCCAUUCCGAACAUGACAUGAACAAAUGCAUGAUCACUUGCCCUUUUCAUUGUAUGGAUUAAAUUUACAUGCAAGCCGUGUUUAAAUAAAAGACAUGUGGAAUCUUGAACUUGCGCUUUUGUAGGCAAAGACCAUAUUUGUUUCAGCCGUAGCUACAAAUACUUAGAGUAUAGAUCAUUUUUUUAAAUUAAAAGCGUGUGGUAUUUUUUUUCUCCCGUUGCAACGCACGGGCCCUUUUGCUAGUGUCUAAUUAACUAAACAAAUAGAGUAGUAAUCCUGUUAGUAGGUGGUAACAGGCCAUCGGAGAAAAACACAUGGCUGUCCUCCGCGGUUGGUGGGCGAUGACAUGGAAUUUUAGUACUUAAUGCUGCAACUUGCUUUUGGUGACACCAAUUUUAAACUUCAAAAGACGACGGGGUCUCUUCAAAUCCCCGUUUAAUUUACUCCGUGUACUAGCGUGUCCUUGCCCCUGGGUACUAGCCCCCCACCAUCCAAAUGCUGAUGGAUGAUAAUCAUGUUCGGCAUCACUAAUAUCUUUUUUUUGCGGCAUCACUAAUAUCAUCCUGCCGAGCCAGUUAGUAUGGUCUAUAUAUAGGUACAGGCCACAGAAGCAUACCCAUACCAAGCAAAGAGAGCUUCUUGGUAAAGAAAGGAAAAAAAUUGAAGGAGAAAGAAAGAAAGAAGCUUUAGCUAUUAGCAAAAGAUAGAGAAGAAAGUGAGAGUCGAGCAUGGAGUUUGCCACGGGGGCCAUGGGCACCCUCCUCCCCAGGCUUGCGGGGAUGCUCAUGGAGGAGUACAAUCUGAAGGAGAGUGUGAAGAACGGGAUUAGAGAUCUCAAGGCUGAGCUCGAGAGCAUGGAAGCUGCCCUUGUCAAGGUAUCCAGUAUACCGUUGGAUCAACUUGACCCACAAGUCAAUAUUUGGGCAAAUGAGGUCAGGGAAUUAUCCUAUGCCAUCGAGGACAGCCUUGACACCUUCGUGACACGCGUCGAUGGUAUUGAGCCAACCAAGCCCAAAAUCAAGCACCUACUGAAGAAGGCCCGCAACGAGUUCAACAAGUUCAAGGCACGCCAUGAAAUAGCCAGUGACAUCAAAAACAUUGAGAGCCAAGUUAGGAAGAUCAAGGAAAGGCGCGACAGGUACAAGAUCGACCAUGUUGUUGCAAUUCCGGCUACAACUACACCUGAUCCUCGCAUCUUGGCUCUAUACGAGAAAAAAUCUGACCUUGUCGGUAUUGAUAAGGCAAUUAGUGAGCUAGUGAAGGUCUUGUCAGAGGGGGUUGACAUUCCUGGAAGAAAUCUCAAGAUUGUCUCCAUUGUUGGAAUUGGAGGAUUGGGCAAGACAACUCUUGCAAAAGCAUUGUAUGAUGAGCUCAAUCAAACUUACAAGUGUCAUGCUUUUGUUCCAGUGGGUCAGAAGCCAGACACGAAGAAAGUUUUGAGGGACAUCCUCCUUGAACUUGACAUAGAGUUGUACAGAGAUGCAUCAACAAUGGAUGAAAGGCAAUUGAUCGACCAACUGCGAAAAUUCCUUGCAGGCAAGAGGUACUUUAUUGUUAUUGAUGACAUAUGGGAUAUGCAGACAUGGGAAAUUAUUAAUUGUGCUUUUGUGGAUAGUCAUUUGGAAAGUACAUUAAUCAUAACUACUCGUAUUGUUGAUGUUGCCAAAAAUGUUGGUGGUAUCUACCACAUGGAACCACUUUCAGAUGAUUACUCCAAAAUGUUAUUUGAUACAAGAACAUAUGGUAGUGAAGGACCUGCUGAAGUGACUACCAAAAUUUUGAAGAAAUGUGGUGGUGUGCCAUUAGCUAUUAUUACAAUAGCUAGCUUGUUUGUUGGUAAACACAGUGAGGACUGGUCUAAGGUAUAUAACACCAUUGGUUUUGUGCAUCAAGGCAAUGACAAUGUUAAUAACACAAAAAAAAUAUUAUCUUUUAGCUAUUAUGAUCUCUCAUUUGAUCUGAAGACAUGUUUAUUGUAUCUAAGUAUGUUUCCUGAAGAUAGCUUUAUCGACAAAAAUUCACUGAUAUGGUUGUGGGUCUCAGAAGGGUUUGUCCCUGAUAGUGAGGUAGGAGAGAACAAUUUCAACAAGCUUGUGAACAAAAGCAUGAUCGAAUGGAUGGAACCUAAAGAAUAUUGGGUUGCCGGUUUUUUAGGGGGAUACGGGAGGCAUCAAUCCCGCAAUGGUUGCCGUGUCCACGACAUGGUGCUCGAUCUCAUCCGCACCAUAUCAAGUGAUGUAAAUUUUGUCACAGUACCUGAGAUAGAGCAGCAUGGCACAUCGUCGGCAGGCAAACAAAACAAUAGGGUUCGCAGAUUAGCACUUCAUGGAGGAAGUGUGGAACACAUCUCUAGCAUUGAAAUAGAACAUGUGAGGUCAUUUAUUGCUACCUCGUGUAGUGAUAGUAGGAUAUUCCCUCUUUGGGGCUUUAAAGUAUUACGUGUGCUAGUUAUGCAGAGUUGUGAAUUUCCAGAAGAUUGUAGUCUCGAGCAUCUUGGGAAGUUAGUUCAUCUGAGGUACCUAUUGCUGGCAAAUACUUGUAACAUACUCCCGGAAGGAAUAGGGCAUGAUCUGAAGUUUCUUGAAGUAUUGGACUUAAGGAGAGGUUUGAGGAGUGACUUGCCACCAUCUGUUGGUGAGCUAAGAAAUUUGAGGUGCUUGCAGACCGACAUGCAUACCAAGAUGAAGGGUGAGAUAGGGAAACUGACAUCUCUUGAAGAGCUACAGCUAUAUAAAGUGAACAAGUGCCCAAACUUCUGGACAGAUGUGGGUAACCUAAUAAAGUUGAGGGUGCUCGAGAUCCAUUUUAAAAGAAUGGAUGAGACCACAGGUAAUGCCCUGCUGAAGUCUCUAUGCAAGCUGUGCAAGAUCCAGAGCCUGAAGGUCGUGGGUGAAGGUAGACAUGAAAAUAAAUAUCUGGUUCUAAAGGAUAGUAGUUUGGAAAGCAUGGCACCCAGCCCAAAGUUAUGCUUAUUAUCUCUGGAAGGAAUGCUUGUACCCACGAUGCCAUCGUGGAUCAAUUAUUUGCAUGUUCCACUCCUCUAUCACCUGUGCUUGAAAGUGCAGGUGGUUGAAGCUCGGGGUAUUCAACUCCUCGGAAAGUUGCCAUUGCUCAUCAACCUCAUUCUUGAGAUUGAGGACAAAAGGUGUGUAACAUAUACUUUUGGAAAUGACGAGUUUCACAAGCUGGAAAAGUUGGAGACGACUAUAGAGAUCGGUACUGGAGAAGGAGCAUUGCCUAUGCUUAAAAUAUUGUCAUACGGUAUAAGCUCUCUAAGAGAGAACAUGGAAAGCUUGGUGUCGUGGAAUACUAGUUGUCCUUUGCUGGAGGGUGUCACAUGUCGGCUUGACUGCUCUAAGAGGAGCCACCGGGAAGUUUCUGCAAUUAGAGAAACACUUUAUGAGGCCGCUACAGCACAUCCCAACUAUGACCAUCUCCGCCAGUUUCACAUACAAGAGGAGAACCGCAUCAGCUGGGAGGAAAAUGGUUUGAUUGAUAAACUCGGGUGGAUCCUCAGCAUCCCCGACGACGAAAUCCAUAGAGAAUAUGACGAAAGAAGGAUGCGUAAGUUUAUUAUAAAACUCGAGACACGCCUACGUGACGCUGCCGAACCUGGAAUCGGGAGGUAUGGCGAACAAGAGGUACGUGACAUUGUUGCCAAAUUCAAGAGUCGCUUGUUACCUGACUCUGCAGGUACCAACCAAGAAGAGCCGGAUAAUGGUGACGCCACAAGCAGUGCAGAUCAGCAACCUGCGGUGGGCCAACCUUGAAUCACAUUAUCUCUCGUGCUUCAACCAUGACAUAUAUCAGGGAUGGUGGGAUCUUAAAUCCUUCUACAGUCUUUUCAGAUCACCACUUGGAAGGCAAAGUAUAACUCUGCAUUUGUUGAGUUUAAUUCGUCCGCCGGUGCCAAGAAAAACAUAAAAGAGAAAUGGUGUCUCCUUUAGCAUUGGACUGGGUUGAAAAA